AUUCCUCCUGCUGCUCUCACAGCCUUUUUUUUCCUCGUUCCUCCUCCAUUCAAAUAUCUCAACCUUUCCAUCUACUCCUUCGACUCUCCUCACCCUACUAGUCUGCCAUCCUUCCUUCCCUGAUACCCGCACUGCCAUUCACUUUGGCCUUCUCACGUCUAUGCCUGGAAGGAGGGGGAACAAUUGCCCUGUUUUUCUGGGACUGUUCCAGUUUUAGCACUGAAAGUACUGCAUCUGGGGAACCUGUCAGCCCCAGGCAAAGCAGGACAGCGGAGCACCCCACCUGGAAGGCCCAGACACAGCCCAUCUCGCCGGAGUGGACCAUGCACUGCAGCUGCUUGGCUGAGGGCAUCCCAGCCAACUCCGGCAACUGGAUCUCAGGGUUGGCCUUCCCUGACUGGGCCUACAAAGCCGAGUCGUCCCCAGGCUCCCGGCAGAUCCAGCUGUGGCACUUCAUCCUGGAGCUGCUGCAGAAGGAAGAGUUCCGCCAUGUCAUCGCCUGGCAGCAGGGAGAGUACGGGGAAUUUGUCAUCAAGGAUCCAGAUGAGGUGGCCCGCCUCUGGGGCCGCAGGAAAUGCAAACCACAGAUGAAUUAUGACAAGCUGAGCCGGGCCCUCAGAUAUUACUACAAUAAGAGGAUCCUGCAUAAGACCAAAGGCAAAAGGUUCACAUACAAGUUCAACUUCAGCAAGCUCAUCGUAGUCAACUAUCCUUUGUGGGAAGUGCGGGCGCCGCCAUCCCCCCACUUGCUGCUGGGGGCCCCUGCCCUGUGUCGGCCAGCGCUGGUGCCCGUGGGUGUGCAGAGUGAGCUCCUGCACAGCAUGCUAUUUGCCCAUCAGGCCAUGAUGGAGCAGCUGACAGGACAGCAGACCCCCCGAGGGCCACCAGAGGCCUCUGGGGAUAAGAAGGGGAGCAGCAGCAGCGUCUACCGACUUGGCUCUGCCCCAGGCCCCUGCCGGCUGGGCCUUUGCUGCCAUUUGGGGAGCGUCCAAGGCGAGCUGCCUGGUGUUGCCUCCUUCACUCCUCCCCUCCCGCCCCCUCUGCCCUCCAACUGGACCUGUCUCUCGGGGCCCUUCUUGCCUCCUCUCCUGUCAGAGCAGCAGCUCCCAGGGGCUUUUAAGCCAGACAUCCUGCUCCCAGGACCUAGGAGCCUCCCAGGGGCCUGGCAUUUUCCAGGGCUUCCUCUCUUGGCAGGGCUGGGACAGGGUGCGGGUGAGAGGCUUUGGCUCUUGUCCCUCAGGCCCGAGGGGCUGGAAGUAAAGCCUGCUCCCAUGAUGGAGGCAAAGGGAUGCCUGGAUCCCAGGGAGGUCUUCUGCCCAGAGACCUGCAGACUCAAAACUGGGGAGGAAAGCCUUACUUCCCCCAAACUGGAGAACCUCAAAGCAGUGUGGCCCUUGGAUCCUCCUUAACUGGAGAGGAAGGUGGGAAGUUGGGGAGGAGUCCUCCAAAGUCCAUCUCUCCUCUUGCCCACCACCUCUGGGUUAGCCCCUUCCCCUGGCUGGACAUGGGCUGAAAUUGCAGGAUUUGAAGGGGUGGAGUUGGACCCAAGGUGGGGAGCAUUGCAGGGAAGGUGUGAAUGUGGAAAUGGGAAAAACCAAGACAGGGUGCCCCUCCUCUUUCACCAUAUUGCUAAGCAGACUAAGGAGACAUUCCUAAUCUCAACUUUUCUUCAGGGAGACGAGAAGAAAGUUUCUAUAAUUUCCAUCCUGCCCACAUGGGGAAAAUUAAGGGUCUAGCCUGGGGAGAGGACAGGGGUGGUUGUGUUCCCUGAGUCUUGUCUGGGGCCCAUCUCCCUAUUCCAGGCUAAGGUCUCCAGUCCCUUUCUCACCCCUCCAUGCAACUUCUCUCCCAUCCCUCUGAUUUCUAAGACCCUGGAAACCCCUGUCCCAUGCAGGCACUUCCUCCUCUCUCCAUUUCCCCAGGACCCAGGCAGGUGGGGUAGGGAGACACUGGCCUUCUCUGCUCUGUAAUACUCCACUGUGACCAUGAAUAAAAUGCCCUUGCAAACUGU